CCUCUGGUCUACGUCUUCGCGUCUGUCAUCGCGACAGUCCGAGUUGGACAGGGUCGGAUCAACAAGACCGUCGCGUCGUCUGGCACGUGAGCCCGCAAUGAGCAACCCUUCGGAGGCAGCAUUCGCGACUUGCCCCUGGAAGGGUGUGGUGGGUGGGGCCUCUUUUUUCCCGAAACCAGCAUGGGAGGAGGUAAAUGAGGUUGACCCGAUCGAGCCGUCGGAACGAAGACCGGCCCGGCGACCAGAAGACGCCAAUUGUCAGGCCGAGCAAGUUCAGGCAAGCGGACAA